AUGGCCAUUCCAGUCUCCCUCGUCUCUGUCCUAAAGGCUAUUCUGCAGUACUACCGCUACGUGACCACCCCCAAAGACUACAACUCACGGCUCCUCGGUAAAAUGGAAUGCUGCUAUGCCAUGUGCUACAUUAAGGAUAGGUCAGUGAGCGUCACUCCUACGGGACUUUGCAUAUUUGUAGUGACUGGCUCCACACAAAAUGCAUUUGUGAACGCUUGUCGUGACUAA